CAACUGACAACUGGCGCGGUCCAUUCAAGCGAGCUUUUCAUUUCGUCGUGAUAACUUCAAAACGAGACACGCUCGCGCGCGCGUCCAGCUUGAUGAGCACGCACAGUCGCAGAGAUCGGUUGGUUGGCUAAGAGAUCACUGCGUUUACUACGGAUAAAUAUGACAUUAACGGGAAUGCAAUUUUACCAGAAAAAUAUAAAUAAAUAUAAAAAAUAAAUGUAAGCAAAAAACAAGUGAAAAUAUAUAAAAGCAUUUUAGUUGUGCCUUAAAAAUUUCAAAAAUAUAAAAAUAUUGAUACAUAUUAAGUGUUAUAACUAAAACAUGAGAAAUAAUAUAAAAUAGUGUUUUAUUAAAAGAAAUUUAGUGUUUAAGUCUAAGCCACGACCGAAUAGUACAAAGGAUACGCGCACGCGUCAUAGUCGUAUGUGUUGGCUGAACUUUGAAAAAAAAUUAACAAAUAAAUUUAUGAAAGUGCAGUUUAAUGUUCCGCUGUCAGUUGCGCUUUUACAGGAUAUUUUUAAUAACGGUUUGUUAAUAGUUUUAUUUGUGUGUGCAUAAAAGUUGUUGUGCAACUUUUUUGGCCGAAAUUUGUGUGAUUUUUUGUUGGAGAAAAUUUCAAGUAUAUUAUAUUUCAGUAAGUCUGCAAUUCUCUACGCGUUUGAAAAUUUGUAUUAAUAUUUUUUUCGAAAAAGUGUUUGCUAUGUAAUCAGUGUGUUUGUAAUAUAAGCUUUAUAAAACAGAAAACCUUUCAAAGUAGAACGCUUGGCGAUUGAGCGCGAUCGUGCGGAAAGUGUAUUGAGCUGAACUGCUGAUUCUUUCACUGAAACUUACAACACUAAAACAUGGGGUUACAAAAACACUACCUCAGAUACGGACGCAGUGCGCGGGAUCACAUAUUGGGUUUGGCGGGCGGAGGGCGACGCAAUACCAUUGUGAAAACCACCGGCGAUAAUGGACACAACGGCCACAAUAGCGGCCAUGGUACACAUCAUCGAUCCGAUGGUGGGGGUGGUGGCGGCGGGGAACACGGUGGUAUGCCAAAUUUAACCAGCCGCCCCACCCCGCUGUCCAUGCUAAUAUCACAAGGAGCUAAAAUCAAUAACCAUAGACUAGCUGUGAUAAUUAUUGGAAUAGUUACAUUAAUUUUAGGUAUAUUGCUAUCAACAAUACCAUGGUUGGAUUAUUUUAUAUUAAAGAAUUUAAGGCUAUGGAAUGAUACGUUAAGUUUUCAUUACUGGCAACGGCCAGGUGUCGUACGCUUAACAAAAGUAUAUAUAUAUAAUGUCACAAAUCCCGAUGGUUUCCUGCAAGGAGAGAAGCCAAGAUUGACGGAAGUGGGACCAUUUGUUUAUAGAGAAGACAUGCAGAAAGUGAAUAUAAAUUUUUACGAUAAUCAAACAGUGUCAUAUCAGCACAAGAAAAUUCUGCAAUUCGUGCCCGAAUUGAGUAUAGACAAGAAUACACCAAUAGUCACACCCAAUAUUCCUCUAUUGACGCUUACUAGUCUCAGUCCAAAAUUAGGUUAUUUGCUGUCAAAAACGAUUUCCGUAGUAUUGACCGCAGCCAAGUUCAAACCUUUCAUCAACGUGACUGCCGAUCAGUUGGUGUUCGGCUACGAUGAUGCGCUCGUCAGCUUGGCACAUCGAUUUUAUCCAAAACAUAUGCGUCCAAUGGAGCGAAUGGGACUGCUACUUGGGCGCAAUGGUACACUAACCGAAGUCUCAACAAUCAAAACUGGUCUUCAGGGUAUGGAAGAAUUUGGCUACAUAGACCGCCUGAAUGGACUCGAUCACCUGCCACAUUGGCAUAAGCCACCCUGUAAUCGUAUCGCCGCCUCCGAGGGCUCCUUCUUUCCACCACGUGAUAUAACAAAAGCGGAUACAGUUUAUGUUUAUGACAAGGAUUUAUGUCGCGUCAUACCUCUACAGUAUCAAAGAGGUGUGAAAAAAGAUGGUAUUGGCGCUGAUCUGUAUAUCUUACCAGAGAACAGUUAUGGCGAUUCUUCGAAUAAUCCGGAAAAUGAAUGCUUUGAUUCAAGUGAUUAUGAACCGAUAAAAGGCCUACAAAAUAUAAGCCCCUGUCAGUAUGGUGCCCCUGUCUACAUAUCAAAUCCACAUUUUUAUCAAGCCAAUGAGUCGUUGUUACAUUCGGUGGAAGGUCUCAAGCCGAAUAAGGACGAGCAUGAAACUUACUUCAAAAUACAAUCGAAAUUGGGUGUACCACUGGAAGGCAAAGUACGCAUUCAACUCAAUCUCAAAGUGACGCGAGCGAAAGACGUGUAUCCAGUUAAGGAUUUUCGAGAUUUCAUCUUCCCGGUUAUGUGGCUGGAAGAAGGUAUCUCCGAAUUAACACCGGCCAUCCGCCGUUGGAUUUACUUGGCCACCGUAUUUGCGCCGAUCAUCAUACCAGUCGCCUCGUAUCUGAUGAUAUUCGGCGGCGCACUUGCCAUUGUCUUCGUCUUCGUGCGCGCAUAUCAGAACUUCGUGUUCGCACGCGAUCCCACAUUGGAGAUACUCGAGAUGGGCCGACGCUCGCUAAGGCGUGGCAGCAGCUUCAUCGCGCAACAUCAGCACAAGUUCAUGCAUCGCGAAAGCUAUACGCUGCUAAAGACGGUGCCCGGCGACCUGCUGGACGACAAAGAGGACGCGAUACCCAUAAUGACAAACAGUUCAUAGUAUUCCUAACAGCACAAAAGAAAUAUGCAUAAACAAAAUGAGCCGAGUUGAGUGUUCGGCCAGGCAUUCGAUCGCGUCUCAUGAGUAAUUGCAAAUUUCGUAUCGAAUUUAGUUUUUAAUUAGUUAGUUGUUCGUUUAGAGCUAAGUAGGUGUGAAUGAUUUAUCUCAAUGUAAAUAUGUGUAUGUGUGAUGAAAUGGCGUAAAAAUCAAAAAAGCAACAACAAAAAAACAUAAAUAUGUGAUCUAAGUUAUUACUUUUGAACGUGUUUGUGUGGGUUUUUUUAUUGGAUAUUUUUUGUGUGAAUUGUUUGUUGUUGGUGAGCGCGUGUCUGCGGCCUUUAGUGCGUUUUAGCUCUAAUUCUCCAAAAGCAAAGAAGAAAAAAUUUAACAAAAAAUCUAA